UUGUAUCGGAACAAUUUGUAUCUGAUCGUAAAUUACGAUAUUCCGUUCAAUUACAAUUUACAAUUUUUUGCGUGUAUUCUUUCAUUCGUUGGUCAACGCAUCCGUUCAUUUUUCUAUCCGUCGGCCGAUCCCAUCGUCGAAAAAAGAAUAGAAGGAAAUAAAUGUAAAGGAUCGAUUCGAAGGCAAAACGAUCGUAUUGGCAAUUUAGCGUUCGAUGCGUAUACUCCUAUUUAAAGGGUCAUUCACUUUAUCACGAUGAUGAAAUCUCGUUAGCCCGAUUUUUAGCCAAGCCGUAUUGCUGACACGUUCGAUCCAAACCGUCGUUGGUUCGUCGGAUCGAGCAUCGAGUUAUUUCACGUGCAUCGGUUGCAUCGAGUGCACGGAUCAUCGACGAGAAGCAAGUUUUCCGGAACCGUUUUCGAGGUUGUUUCGGCAAGAAUACCUACGGCGAUCCAUCGAAUAGAAACGGCGAAGAGAAGCGCUCCAAGACCUUGCGAAUGUUUGUACGAGUCUCUUCACCAUGAAUACAGAGUACAAGAUCUCUCUUACGAAGCUGGAAAAUGUACCAAUAACGGACGACCAGUGUUGCAUUAACUUAGCAACUUCGAAAAACGCAAGUGCGGCGGAACAUAGUGGAAGCUCGAGCAAAUAUACGCAUUUGAAAUUUACGAGACGCCAUAGACUAGUGUAUCUGGUGCAAAGUCUAAUCCUCGUAUUGAUCUUGUCUUUUGCUGGAUUCCUGAUAUAUGUGGCUGUUGUUUCAGGCUACAUCUACACUGCGCACAAAAUACAAGAAACUAACGAACAAGUAGAUGUCAUAAGAAACGACUGCCCUGCGCAACAGGAAACGACGAAUCCAGCUCUACGAAGUCUGUAUCGAUAUUUGUACAAGGAUCAGCUUGAUCAACAAAAUCAGAUGCACUCGGUAGCACUGAUGGAUGAAUCUCGUCGGAAACGCGAAGAUCUCAACGCGAGUGCCUGUAAGCAGAACAUAAAACACUGCAAGGAAGUGAUCGAUUCGAUGUGGAGCAUCGUGAGCAUCGUGAACAGCAGUGUGCCACAUUUGCAGGCAUUUUUCAAGAACUUUUCUACGGAGACGAAUCCUAUCAAAUCGAAAUUCGUCGAGCUAGUCGAGUGUCUGCAGUGCAAGAACGACGCGGCUACGUUUAUCGAAGAUUCUGAUCCGAAUACUCGUACGAGCAACGCAGGAACGAUGCAGGAAUACUCUGAUCAUAAUCAAAUUAAGAACAACAUUGAUAUCGUAACUAAUUUGUUAAAUGACGAGAAGCAGGACGACGAUAAGCAGAAUUUAAAUAGCGAUUUCGUGGAUGCGGAUACAUUGAAAACGACCAAGGUCGAAGAGAACGUACAGAAAUCGACUACGGCGAGUUUUAAGGAUAGUUUCGAAGGUAAUGGGAAAGGGGAUUUGAAUCGAACGACGGAAGAAUUGGAAACGACUGAGAGAAUCUCAUCCACGACUAGAACGAUGGAAUAUAAAGCGACGUCCGCGUCCACGGAAGUGGAUACGAUCAAUGCAACGACCAACAUGUCGACUACGCCGAAGGCGGAAGAAGCAGCGGUCAGAAUCGACGACCAAACGAUCGGAAACGACGAUACUAAGCGGACCACGGACGCGACAGCCAAACUAGGCGAUGGCGACGUGACGAAAAUUGCGAUCAACCCGAUGCAUCCUUCGAUGCAUCCUCCGAACCAAGGUCACGAGCAGAAGGUAGCGGAAGGGGAAGGUGAAAACGCAGCCAAGAAUUCCAGCAAACCGAUCUUCCGCGAUAAGUUUGGAAGAAUCGUCUCGAAAGGAACCAUAGAAAUAUCUUCGGGAAUGAUUCCCACGGCAGAAACGAUAAAAUCGAGUCAACAGCUAGUACUGACACCAACGAUCUCCUGGGUGCCUCAUCGAGUCUGUUUUUACAGUCCAAGCGCGAAUAAUCCAACGAAACAAUCGGGUCCAGGUCAAACCAUGUAUCCAGCAUCUUCUCCGGGAGUUUCGUAUUUGUAUCCGAUGCAACCCGAACGACAAAGUUUCCAGAAUCUCGAUCAAACGCAAGGUUACGUGCAAUCUGGCCCUGGUAAUUUUGGAUCAUCUAGCGGUCAAAGAGUCGAUCCAUCAGGCCCUGCGAUUUUGAAUUUUCCACCUAUCUCUGGACAUCAAACGCCUUCCGGCGCCUCCGCCAAUUCUAACAGCAAAACACCUUAUUACUGCACGUAUAUUCCUGCACCAACGUUCCAAUUUCCGGCUAUUCCUGGAGUCUCCGAGUAUCAGAGAUCUUCCGCCGCGUACGACAAGGAAGAAGCGGAGAAUACUUUUGCCAAAGAGAAGAAGGACGAUGAGGAAUUUCUACGAUAUUAUUCCGACGAGUGUCCUUCCAAUACGAUUCGAUGCGGCGAUGGCAGACGAUGUGUGUCGAGAUCGCAGUGGUGCGACAGUGUGGUGGAUUGUUACGACGCUAGCGACGAGAGAACGUGUUCUUGCAGAGAUCGAAUAUCGCUCGAGCGACUUUGCGAUGGGUAUUUCGAUUGCCCGCAUGGGGAAGAUGAGUUGGGAUGUUUCGGUUGUGCAAAAACUUCAUUUAGCUGCAACGAUUGGCAAAGACCAUACACUACUGAUACUUGUGUACCGCUUUCCCAACGAUGCGAUGGAAAACGGCAAUGUGCUAGUGGAAAAGACGAAAUGGACUGCAAUAUUCUCACUCCCUCGUACAUCGAAGGAAAAAAUUUAUUCACGAUCGGCUACACCGAAGGAUAUCUCCAUAAGAACUACAAGGGCCAAUGGUACCCCGUGUGCCCACCGAUCAACGCAUGGGCCAAGGACGCCUGUAUCUCUGAAAUCGGCUCGCAAAUCAAAAAAGCUCCCGAAAUAAAAGUGCAUUCCGUGCCAGGUAACGCGUACCAGGGCCCCUAUCUAACACGAGUGAACAACCAAACGAAAUUAAUUCCCUCGUGCAUGGACACAGCGAUUUUCGUACGUUGUCCACGAUUCUCGUGCGGAACUACCGUGUUUUCCCACAAGGAUUAUCUACGACCGCACAUACUGGAAAAAGAGGAUCGAGCUCCUUUACAGAUGUACGAUGCAAUUAUAUUUCCACCUGACGAUGAUACUUAUAUCGAAUACGAGGAUGUAAGGCAUAAUGAAAAUAAGAAAAAUGUGUUACCAUCGGACGAUGACGAUAUAGAUCCAGGAGAUAACGAAAAUAAGAAGAUGGACAGGAAGCAGGACGACAUAGUUGGUUCGCAAUUGCGCAUCGUAGGUGGUCGCGCGAGUCAUCCGAAAGCCUGGCCGUUUCUGGUGGCCAUUUACAAGGAUGGCGUUUUCUAUUGUGGCGGUACUAUUCUGAACGAACUUUGGGUGCUUACAGCUGCUCACUGUCUCGAAGGCUAUAUAGGCCAAUAUUUUGAGAUCCAGGCGGGAAUACUUCGUCAAAAUUCUUUCUCGCCGAUGUCACAAUCCAGAAAAGCACGGUACACGGUGAUGUACUCGCAAUAUAACGCUAGACAUCUGCAGAACGACAUUGGUAUGAUUAUGUUGGACGAUCCUCUGCGUUUCAAUCGAUGGGUGCGACCGGUUUGUCUUCCUGGCCCGAAACUCCUAGGACCCAUGUGGAGAAACAAACCAGAACCCAAUACAACUUGUAUAGCGAUUGGUUGGGGUACUACCACGGAAUUUGGAUUAAAUCCCGAUCAUCUGAGGGAAGUGGAAGUUCCGAUAUUAGCAAAUUGUAAGUACGAAGACGACCAGAACGACGCCUCCAUUUGUGCUGGAUAUCUUCAUGGAGGUCGUGAUGCUUGUCAAGGAGACAGUGGUGGUCCUUUAUUAUGCAGAAAUCCGUACUCGACAUCGCAGUGGUACGUGGCAGGCGUAAUUAGUCACGGACAAGGUUGCGCUCAACCGAAUGAGCCGGGAACAUAUGCGAGAGUCAGCUACUUCCUAAGUUGGAUUCAUGAAAUUUCCAAUGGUCGAAGUGUGCCUCCUCUACGGCGAACUCCUCUGGAAAAAUGUCCAGGAUUCAGUUGCGAAGGAGGCCUAGGCAAAUGUUUACCAAUCGAAGCGCGUUGCAAUCGAAUAAUCGAUUGUUUGAACGGCGAAGACGAAGUUGAUUGUAGCCAUUCUCCUCUUUACAAGCAGUUGGAAAACAUCACUCGCGAUUUCGAGCCUAUACUGUCAACGCCAAGUAUAGAUAAUUCUAUGAUGACUAGCGAGAUCGUCAUCACUGAGUCCACAACAUCUUACGAUACAAUCGACAAUGUGACUGAGGAAUCCGUGUUUACGCAGCAGGAAGAUGACGCCUCGGAAUCUGAGGAUGACUAUAACUCGACUUCGACAACUUCUACUAUUGCUUACACUGAAACUGUUUCGCCAUCAAUACCGGAAACUUUUCCUACGAUAUUCACUUGUACAAGAUUGCUUCAAACCAUUCCAAUUGAGAAAAGAUGUGACAGAGUGGUGGAUUGCGAAGACAGUAGCGACGAAAUGAAUUGCACUUGUAAGAACUUUUUGCAGAAUCUAAAACCGACUGCUAUAUGCGACGGUUACGUAGAUUGUGAUGAUUUAACGGACGAACAGGACUGCGAAAUUUGUGCUGAGAAUCAAUUUUUGUGCAAGACGAGUAAAACCUGCGUUUCGAUGGCGAAAAGAUGCGAUGGAAACUUCGAUUGCAUCUUUAAGGAGGAUGACCUCGACUGCUUCACGUUGACCGAUGGUCAACGUGUAUAUCUCGAUGGUGAUGGAAAACCAUUUUUAAACGUACAAGGAAUUCUGACUAGAUACAUCGAGGGAAAAUGGCAACCGACUUGUCAUAGUCCCAGAAUGCACAAAAACCAAUCUACUGCCUCGAUCAUUGGACAAAACAUGUGCGAAUACUUUGGACUUGCAAACCUUCGGUCGUCGAAGUCCAUCUUCGUGAAAAAUUUGGAACUGGAAAAGAUAGACUGGCGGAAAGGGGACUCCACGUACCAGGAGAACUCAUCAGCGGCCUCUGUGAACGAAGAGGACGAAACAUGUUUGGGACUUUACAUUCACUGUGCAGCGAUACCAAGCGGCAGUAUGUACACUCACUUGACGAUCGACGAUAGAACCGGAAACCGUGACUACCUGUGGCCCUGGCUGGCUGCCAUCUUUGUCGACGGACGCUACCGUUGCAUGGCGCUGCUCUUGGACUCAAACUGGUUGCUGUCCGCCGCGAAAUGUCUCGAGAACGUCAGCUUGAAUACAAAUUAUGUAACAGCCGUACUCGGUUAUGGUCGAUUAUUCCGUUGGAUAAACGGUCCUCAUCAACAGGUAUCGACCAUCGAUGAGGCGCAUUAUGUGAAUAACUCGGUGUCGACUUUAUUGCACUUGAAAAAUCGAGCCCACUUCAGUCGUCACGUGCAACCGUUGUUCGUCAACAAAACGAUUUAUUUGCCAGGAGCGACGGACACUUGCGUGGCUGUUGGAACGAACGAAGCCUACGAGAUGAAGUCUGUUUUCUUGAAAAUUAUUUUUGAGAAUUGCUUAAGUUGUCAACGAUGCUUCGUGAAUAUUUCGAGUUCCGAAUGUUCGGAAAGCGAGACAUCGAGAUGGAGCGGCGUAAUAUUCUGUCGUGGCAGAAAGGGAUGGUAUCCUGCCUCCGUUUUCCAAGAUAACAGAGGAAUUUGUAAUUUCAAAAAUGCGCAAAAUAUGACGAGUAUCGAAUACGUAAAUCCCUACCUGAUGGAAGUAAUCGAUGGUCCAAGGCAGUCGAUGGAACCAAUUUGUAACGGUUUUCGAUGCAACAUUGGACAGUGUAUUCCGCAAAACCAGGUUUGCGAUGGUAUUCCGGAUUGUCGUGAAGAAGAAGACGAGGACACGAGAUAUUGCAAAGAAUUUCAAAAAAAUUGUGAAAAUAGCGUGAACAGCUGCAACUGCAUGAAGACACAGCUUCGCUGUAGAAAUGGCAAAUGCGUCGACAAAAGUGCGUUUUGCGAUGGAAAUAUCGAUUGCUACGAUGGAUCCGAUGAACCUGCGAUAUGUACCUGCGCAGAAUACCUGAAAUUAACAUCGCCAGAGCGAUUGUGCGACGGCGUACGACACUGUCUGGAUAAAACUGACGAAUCACCGGAAAUGUGUUCUUGCAAAGAUCUCAGCUUCAAAUGCAAAACAACAAAGGGAAACGACACCUGCAUAACGCAAGAUUUUAUUUGCGACGGGGUGAAAGAUUGUCCUAACGGCGAAGACGAAGCAACGUGUAGAAUGUUAAAACUACGUUCAAACGACAGCUCCGGAGAAGUGAUUCGCCGAAGUUACGGCGUGUGGUACGCAGAAUGUUUGCCAAGUCCUACCAUGGACGAAGAAGACUUAACAAGUUUGUGCAAAUUCAUGGGAUAUUCUUCAGGAAUCGUCAACAACGAUACUGUGGUCACAGACGAGAUUAUGGUUCCCAAAAGAGACGAGUUUUACGCAGUGAAGAUGAACAAGAUAUCGUGGAUGUUUUUAAGGCACGACAAGCCACUGAUAACUUUGGAAAAAUCCAACGAAACCUGUUACCGCACGUUUGUCACCUGUUCCUAAAGUUUGCCAAACCUUAACAUACUACCUGAUACUUUUCACAAAUCAAACGUUAUCUUCACAUAUCAAAAUAAUUUAUGUAAUGUUGUAAAACUUUGUAUUUAUUUCGUAAUUUAUUUAAGAGCGUCAUUGUAUUUAUUGUAAAAUAGAAACGAGAAGAAAAUGUUAUAAAAUUUUGCUACUUUAAAUAAAAGUAAAUGUAAACGA